AUGUCCGAGCUGGAUGAAGUUGUCACCAGUGCUGUGGUGGUAUUCUCCAGCUCCCACAGUGACAGAAAUGUUGGAAAACAUUUUGAAAAUCUCCAAGGACUACUGACAAAUUCAGCGCAGUCAAACUUGGACGAUUCAACCAUUGUGGAAGACUGUGUGAAUGAUAUCGGACCUACGCCCUUCAAACAGCAUUUUGAGGACUUAAUAACCCAAACAGUUAUUGAGAAAUCUGGUGAUGACAACAUGUACUUCUGCCCGACUUUCAUCCCUUCCUUGCUUAAGUACUUUCUGCCCCUGGCUGGUCUGUGGUCUGGCCUACUCUUGGGUGACCUUGGACGCCAUGGAACAGGGACCAUUUAUCAGAAACGUUCCCAGAAGUACAAAAAUGCUGCAAAAAAACCCACACAGAAUUACACAGAGGACAACAAAACUCAAGGGAUAAUGGAAAAAAGCAAGUGGGACCUCAAAAAGAUCCGUUUUCAACGGAGACGUCUGACCAGGCUGGACGAUUUUGUACAUACAUACAAAGUCACCUUGAGCGCCCUGCUAAGGGAAUAUGGCGACUCUCUGAGGAGGGGGAAGAAGACCCAUCGUGUGGACAUGGAGCGAUGGAAAAAAAGAAAGCAGAACAGGCGAGGAGUUUAUGUGACACCCAUAAACAAGCCUUUUGUUUUCAGACAGCACAAGAAGAAUCUCAUGCAGAAGACAAAAACAGCAAAAGCUCCAGCUCCACUACAAAAACAAGCGCCAGGUGAAACGGAAGCACAUAUUCCAUCACAGGAUCCAAAAGACAAGGCAAGACAAGGUCAAUCUUCAUCCACAUCAGACAUGACGGAGCAUGCUGAGGAUGAUGCACAGGGAGGUAAAGUGGAUGCUUCAUCAGAGCUGACCGCGUUGUGGAAAAAAAAAGGACACUGACGUGGUGGUGUCUGUAGUCCCCACUCAAAUAAGAGGCAACAGUUUUACCAUCCGUCACUCUGACAUGCGGACCCUUAGACCACACCAGUGGCUUACAGGCGAGGUAUUUCAUCCAUAUCAUAGGACAGAACCAGUGCUCAUACCAAGUCUCUUCACUACACAUUAAUCCAAUAUUCAUGUAAC